UUGAAUUUACAGAUAUAUCUUCUACUGAUUUUCAGCAAAUCUCUGAGGGUUUCCAACUGCCAGUACUUCAGCAAGAACACAGAAAGAUAGCUCUAGCAAAUUGCAUAUUUCUCAACCUCAGUGUUCUUCCCCUUUAAACUAGGAUCAAUAAUUGGCUGUCUUUAAUCUUCUGCUCCAGUUUCAGUGUGUUUUGUUAUGGCCCUUCACAGGUAGCUGUGUAUACAUGCCAGCGUACAUUGUUCAGAGGAAAUAGAAGGUCAUUAACUCCACCUCCUGAACCACUAGUUUGUGGCUGACUAUGAGUGGUAGCCUUUGGCAUUCUAGUAACCAAAAAGAAAAACAAACCAGAUCCUACAAGUGGAAAGAUGCCUACCCCUGUCAUGACUGUUUCUUUUAAGUGCUUAACCUUUCUUUUUCUUUCUUUUCAGGGUGCAUUUUUGACAUUCAAGUUCGCACAGCAGGGGCUCAGCAGUUUAAAGCACCAGGGAUUCCAGAAGGCCAUCCCAAUGCUGGUCGCAAUGUAGGACAGUGCGAAGAGUCUCCAUGCCAACUGAUAAAAUGCAGAAAUGGAGGAACUUGUGUGGAAAGUGGCUCUACCCUAUACUGUCAUUGCCCCACUGGUUGGAAGGGAGCAUUCUGUACAGAGACAAUUUCUGUGUGUGAUCCUGAGCACAACCCUCCACACAGGUGCAGGCAAGGUUCCACUUGCAUCCCCCUGCCUGAUGGAUACUCCUGCCAUUGUCCACUAGGGACCACUGGGGUCUACUGCGAACAAGCCCUGUCCAUAAGCGAUGCAUCUUUCAGUAGCAAGAAAUCAUCUUGGAUGGCAUUUGAUUCCUUCAAUAUUCGACACAAGUUUCAUAUCCAAUUGCAAUUCCAGACCCUUUCCAGCGAUGGCAUCCUCUUUUACACUGCCCAGCACUUGAGCCCACGAUCAGGUGAUUUCCUAAGUAUCUCUUUAGCCAGUGGAUAUGUACAACUACGCUACAACCUUGGGGACAGAACAGUCAUUUUGCAGACCUUUCAAAAUGUACUCAUCUCAAAUAACACUUGGUAUUUAAUUAAAGCAGGAAGAGUUGGCAAUGAAGGCUACCUGGAUCUCAGUGGCAUCAAUAUAACCCAGAAGGCUAGCAGUGGCAUGACUGCCCUGGAUGUAUGUACAGAUUUCUACGUUGGUGGGGUGUCUUCUUUAAACUUGGUGAAUCCCAUGGCAAUCCAGAAUGAGCCCACUGGAUUUACUGGAUGCAUUCGAGAGAUUCUUGUCAAUGGCAGAGAACUAAAGCUAACUGAGAAUGGAGCAAAACAUGGGUCUAAUGUAGGUGACUGUGAUGGAACACUUUGUGGCUACAGAGUGUGUAAAAAUAAUGGAAAAUGCAAAGUUGAAAACUCUGGCUUUUCUUGUUUGUGUCCCAAGAACUGGAUGGGGAAAAUAUGUGAGCAAUCUACUUACUGUUCUCACAAUAAGUGUCUACAUGGGGGGAUUUGUAUGCCUAACCCUGUGUCAUUUUCAUACACAUGUGCAUGUAGAGUGGGCUGGUCAGGCUUCUGGUGUGAAAAACAGGUAUCAUUUUUUACUGCAAAAUUUACUGGUAACUCAUACAUCAGAUAUGUAGAUCCCCACUACAAAACAAGGGACCUCAGAUUCACGAGAAUAUCUUUUAAUUUUACCACGACUCAUAUGGAUGGCUUACUGGUAUGGCUAGGAAAGGCUGAGGAUGAAGACAAUGAUUUUCUUGCAGCAGGACUUGAGGAUGGAAUGCUGAAAGUUGUGGUAAAUCUCGGAGAGAGAAUUGCCAUCCCUCUAAUUCACCAGAGCAAGUCUCUAUGCUGCAGAAAAUGGCAUUUUGUCACCAUUGUACAAAACAAGACUCUCAUUAAAGUGUACUUUGAUGAGGAGCUAGUUCUCUUGGAAGAUCUGGAUCCAGGAAGAAAAUAUACUCUCUUAAAUUAUGAAGGCAUUUGCUAUUUUGGAGGAUUUGGAUUGGAUAGAAGAGUAAGUAUUGCUACCUCAGAUCUUUUUAGACAAGAACUCAGGGGUAAAAUGAAAGAUGUCGCACUUUUUGAGGAUUCUAAAAAGGUCAUGCUAAUUAAAGGAGAAGGCUAUAAUGUUUAUAGUGGCGAUAAGGAUUGAUUGGUUGAUUUGAGAGAGAAAAAACCCUCUCCUGUAUAGGUACAAAACUCUACCUACUAUAUAUGAUCCAUGCUAACUAGAAGCACACAAAGAUGUGAAUUUCAGCCCUACAACUUCCAUGCAUAGUUUCUGGGCCGUCCUUGUUCCCUUAGGGUUUCUAGGCAAGAUCACAUGAGGGCACCUCUAUGCCCUCUUCAUUUAUUUUCCCACAUCAUUUCCACCCAGAAUGCACAAACCCUUCUGUCUAUAGGCCAUAUAUUUCUGUCCAAGUCUAGCUGUCUCUUCCCUCCUUCAGUUUUCAUUAUCCAUAACUUUUCUGGACAGUAUUCUACCCAGCAAUUCUGUUCCAGUUUCACCUACCAUUUCUCAGCCACUCUCCUUGCCAUUUGUUUCUCAUGGGUAUAAAACCUCAUACCUUAACUGCUCAAAUAGCCAUCUCAGACUAAUCAAUUCUUGCCCCUUCCAUUUUCUCCGCCAUUCUCCUUAAGCCUCAUUGUCCACUUACUAUUCCCAAUUGUCUACUUUAUGUGUGUUGUGUGUGCGUUAUAUUCCUUCAAGUCAUUUCUGACUUAUGGUGACCGUUCCUUUAAUCUCCUUGCCACUAAAUCCUUGUUCUUCAUUGUAAUCCUGCUUCCUCAGAUGUUUUUCCUAUUCUUAGAUAUCUCCCAUGUGAGGCUUAACUCCCAGGCUAACUAACAACUGUCCUUUUUCUCACAGAAACUGAACAACAGCAAAAUAUCUUAGUUUCUCAGAGAACUAAGUAUUCAUAUAUGUGAUAAAUUACUCAUAUCAGCCAUUAUUGAAGAGUUCAUUGCCACUGAUACACAAGAUGGAUUAGAGGCUCUUCUUCAGAAAUUGCAAAUUGCCUUUCCCCAUACUCAAGGCAAUUGCUUAAUGUUAAAAAAUUGCAAUACCCCCCCCCCCACGAUCACCUAAUAAUCGAGAAAAGCUAGUUACUGCAUUAUAUAUAUAAUAAAUUGUAUAUAGUAUUUUGAAAAUGGCAAAGGUUUUCCUGUAUUUUCUAGCUGCAUUUUCAAAAUUAAAGAUGGGAGGGAAGGAGGGUUUGAUUGAUUCACUAUUGCAGUUACAGAUGAAUAACCUAGAGUUAUGCCUCUGUAACUAAUUCAUAUUUAUGAUUAAGAUGCCAUUUCUGAUGACCGGAAGAUCAGAAGGUUGGCAGUUUGAGGCCUAGGUGCUGCAUGAUGGGGUGAGCUCCUGUCAUUAGUCGCAGCUUCUGCCAACCUAGCAGUUUGAAAGCAUGCAAAUGCAAGUGCAUAAAUAGGUACCACUUCUCAAUGAGAAGACAACAGCAUUUGGUGGGGUCAUGCUGGCCAUAUGACCACCAGAGCAGUUCUUGAACCAUGCUAGAGCUCUUCGGCUUAGAAAUGGAGAUGAGCACCGCUCCCUAUUGUUGGUUAUGGCUAGAA